UUAUGCUGAUCGAGUCUUCUUCUGACGAUCCCGUCUCCCGAUAUUGGAGUGAGUGUGUGGGUGUGUAUGAACAGUGGUUGGUUGGUGAAGGCCUCUACGUUUGGAAGGUUAUGGCAUUGUUUUAUUACGUUUGAACAUUAGCUGGAGAACUUGCGGUUCCCCCAGCAUUCGAGGUCAGUUUAUAUUUGUGAUGGCGAGUUGUCUCAGGACUGUGUCAAGUAAAUUAAAUCCUAUCAAUCAAGCCGUUUCUCGAAGAAAGCAUGCUACCUUAUCACGUUUGGAAGGACGACUUCGCAUGCAUAUGUUGAAGUCACAGUUUUUAGAAGAGUUUCUAGAUUCAAGAGUACGCCGAACCGAUGUUAAACACUGUUCAUUGGCAGUUUCGAAUAUUUCGCCUUGUGCAUGGACAAGCCGUCAUUGUUCCCCCGUGAAUGUGGUAGAAGAAUGUACCGGGAUCGAUGAACAGAAGCGCAAAGAUUAUUUUUUUAAUGAACACGCUGACAGCCCGCCUGCAUUAUAUUGUAGGUUACUUGAGAUAUCGCCAAAUGCCGGAAGAACUCUACAUAGCUACAAUCCUAUUAUGGUAGGAGUGAAACCGUUUGAAACAACAUCAGAUGAUAUAAUUUUAUGGAAGGAAGAUAGAACCAGUAGAAAUGUUGAUAGUGAAACCGUAGAAGAAUUAUAUUCCGUUUAUACAUCUGGAGUUAGUAUGAAAAAAGAACAUAUUGCUCUCUCAGAUUACGAAAAACAAAUGAUUUUACUAGCAGAUGGUGGUAAUGAGAAAAAUCAAGAACCACAUCAAAAUAAUCAAAGACCAACAGAAGAGCAACUGGCUAGAGUCUUUCAAGUUUUAGGAGAAACUCUUCCAAGUUUGUUCACUCAACCAUUAGAUUAUUCAAUCUACAAUCCUAAUCUUAUUUUUGAGAAUAAUAUACGUGGUACUCGGACAGUUGGACUGUACCACUAUGUGAAGCAAAUGGCUUUGCUGCGAACCGUUGGACAUUUCAAAUUUGCUUAUGUAAAAUUCGAAAUUCUUAAAAUAACUAUGCAUCCUGAGGAUGGAACAAUUAGAGUGAGGUGGCGAAUUAGUGGUUUAACAGGGCUCAAGGUUUUCAUGAAAUUUUGGAAAGUCAAGGUUUGGAAAUUAAAGGAAACUAUAGAUAAAAAGGAAUCGUGGUAUGAUGGAUUUUCAGUUUUUCAUGUUGGAGGAGGAGAUGGCUUAAUUUAUAAGCAUGUGGCUGACAAAAUGAUGCCAGAUGAUGAUCACGUUCCAUCACGUGUGAAAGACACACCAUCACUUGCUACAAAGUUAGCACUGUGUCUCGGUGUCCUAUCUCCUCCUGGGAUUCCGGAAUUCGAGCAUUAUUUGACAUCGUCUCAAAACUUACUGUCUCUUUCUGAUGUCAUGUUACCUUUAGAAAAAAUAGCGUGAUGGAAUCGUGCUAAUAGAAACUUAGAUUGAAGUUGAUAUUUAUUACAAGUAAGUAGAGCUUUUCUAAAUCAAGAAAUCUCUAAUCUUGUCACUGCCUGUGAUUUGUUCUUUAUUGGUAGCACUUUUUUAAGUCUUGAACAGUAUUUGUGAAUGCCUUACGAAAGUUUUAGGUUUUGUUGAUGUACUGUGUUAGUUAUUUAUACAAUUAUAUAAAAAAUGACUCACAUUGAAAACUUGUCAUGGUUAUACUUGUUAGAAAAUGUGCUUGAGUGAAGUUGUAGACUGUGCUUGUUAUUUGUUUUUAAAUUAUGUGAAAAAAGUUUUGACUAACUUAGCAACUUGAUAAUAAAAUAUAAAAUCAUAGUUACGUAAGUUUCAAAAUUUUAUUGUGGAUAGGGCAUAUGUAUCCUUUUUUAUAUAUCUAAAAACUUUAUAAAAGUCUUAAUUUAAAACUACUUCUGUAAAAAAUAGUGAGAUUUGGAAUAAUAUUAUUGGAUGUGUCUUAAUGUGUUUCAUUCCUUGCAGCUGAAUUGGUUACAAACAAUUUGGUUGUGAAAGAUCCUCAAGAAGUGAAGGAAUUACAUGAUGUAAUAUAUAGAUGUAUAAUUGAUGUACAGAAAGUUAUAGUAUUUUAGAGAGUUAUAGAUAUGUAUAUUUUUUUUUAUUUAUAUUAGUAGACCUGAUCUAUAAAAUACAUGUCAUUGCCCCUAUUCAAUACAUGUCACAUGUCAUUGAAACUGGAUACUAGUAGAAAAUACACAAUAUUGUGCAAUUGAACACAGAAUGAAUUUGUAAAUUGGUCCUAAAUGCAACUUGGUUAACAAUAAAGAUAGAUGUUUUCAUAUGAUGUCAACUUACUAUAUAUCUUGAUAUGGCAGAUAUGAAAAUUUAUUUUCUAAAAUAUGGUAUUAAAGUAAACAAUGUUUUCUGCCAAAACAUGAGACUACUUCUACUUUGUAAUAUUUUGUUGAUCAAUAAUCUUUUAACAUCUUGGCAGAAUAACUAGUUUUAUCAUUCUAAUAAGGUUGCAUCAAGUACAUUAAUGAUAAUAGUAGGAUAAUUACUAUUGCAUUUAAAAUUCUGACCAGAUUCUCAAUUCAUUGUGUUCAGUUUUGUAUGUUGUAUUUUGAGACUAUGAAUAAAAUGUUACCAAGAUGUCACGACUUUUUUUUCUGUUGAAAUUACAGAUAAUAAUAUGAAUUAUAAUUUGAUGCCUAUAAAGUGUUGGUG